CCUCGGCCUUCGAGUCUCUGGCAGCUUAUUAUCUUAAAUAAUUCUCAUCAGAUCCAGCUCUGUCGGCGCUUUCUUUCCCUCUCUUUGUGAAAGAAAGAGUGGGAGCUCUCCCGUGAUCCAAUGUCGAAGAAUUUCAAUCUCUCAUCUCCUUCGCCUCCUCUUUUGCUCAUCUUCUUCUUCCUGUUCGUUGUCCACCCAGCCGUUGCUUCCGUUCAUGAUUAUAAGGGGGAGAAGUUUAUGAGCAAGGGCAACGCAUUCGUCCUGCACGGCGGGAGUGAGGGACUCUAUUCAUCCCUUCCCAACCCCAAUGCCUCCGCCGCUGCUGCGAGUGGAGAUUCUUUCAUCCGAUUUGAGAAGAUCACAUUGCAAAGGCCAGAGGAAGCUGCUGCAUCGAGUAAAGAAACGGACUCAGUAAAGGUUCAAGCCAUUGUAUUUGAAGUGGAAGAUCGUGAAACUAUUGGUGGAUCUGCCUAUGGUGGUCAGAAAGCUAUUUGCUGCACGGCAGAUCUUGCAAAAUUAGGCGUUUGCACUCAAGGCAAUCUCAUUUAUCGUCCCUCUGCCCAGAACCCUGACUGGCCCCAAAUAUUCUCUGCUUAUUUCACAGGAAAGGAUGUAGUUGCAACUUUACCAUCUAAAACAAUAUCAAUUACAAAAACUGGGAUGUAUAAUGUAUAUUUCAUUUUUUGUGAUCCUUCACUUAAAGGACUGGUCAUUGAAGGCAAGACUGUUUGGAAAAAUCCCUCCGGUUAUCUACCUGGGAGGAUGGCUCCACUUAUGAAUUUCUAUGGAAUAAUCUCUCUUGCCUUUGUGAUACUCGGAAUCUUUUGGUUCUCUCAGUACGCAAGGUUCUGGAGAGAGGUUCUUCCACUUCAAAACUGCAUAACAGCUGUUAUUGCUUUAGGCAUGUUUGAAAUGGCAUUAUGGUAUUUAGAAUAUGCUGAGUUCAAUAAAACUGGAGUUCGCCCCAUGGGGAUCACGUUUUGGGCUGUAACCUUUGGCACUAUUAAAAGAACUAUUGCGCGGCUGAUCAUACUUCUUGUUUCUAUGGGCUAUGGUGUUGUAAGGCCGACAUUAGGUGGUCUUUCAUCAAAGGUAAAGAUGCUUGGGGCAACUUUUUUUCUAGCUUCUGAGGUUCUUGAAUCCGUAGAGAAUCUUGGUGCUGUAAGUGAUCUCUCUGGAAAUGCUAGACUGUUUUUAGUUCUUCCGGUUGCUAUGUUGGAUGCUUUCUUCAUCCUCUGGAUAUUCACCUCUCUCUCCAAGACACUAGAGAAGCUCCAGGCUAGAAGAUUGAUGGCUAAGCUAGACAUCUACAGAAAAUUCACAAAUACAUUGGCCGUAACUGUUAUUGUAUCUGUUGGUUGGAUUGGCUACGAGCUUUAUUUCAAGUCAACUGAUGUGUACAAUGAGCGAUGGCAGAGGGCAUGGAUAAUUCCUGCUUUUUGGCAGGUCCUUACCUUUUCUCUUCUCUGUGUGAUAUGUAUUCUGUGGGCACCGUCUCAGAAUUCAAUGAGAUAUGCUUACUCUGCUGAUGCAAGCGAAGAAUUUGAUAGAGAGGAAACCUUUUCUUUGAUAAAACCUGGGCCUUUCCCUUCCAAGGACAGCCAGACUGCUUCUCUCUCACCAGAAAACAAAGCAGCUUUAAAAGUCUCUAACAAUGGAGACAUCGAAGAAGACAAGCGGGAGUAAUAGUAAUAGUAAUAGUAAUAAUAAUAAUGAUAAUAUUAGCGACUUAAACGAGAAAUCGGCAGGGUCUGUUAGCUGUGCAGUGGCAUUUACUCUUUACAAAGAGAAUGCUUAAUUUAUUUAUUCUCUUAGUUUUACUCCCCCAUUUAAUCAGUUCCCUUUCUCAUUCUAUCUCCAUAUGCAUAGCAGAAGAUUUGUCAUUGUAGUAAUCAGUCACUAUAUUUGCAGAGUAAGAAGUUUUUUUUUUACAUAUAGUGGAAUGAUUUAUGAUCCUUUUCCCUCUUUUAUGGAGAAAUAUA